AUGCGUGGGUGUAAAUGUUAUGGAUCAUUCAAUUCAACAAGGAAGGAUGAAGAAUGUGAACCAAACAAACUAACAGUUGUGGAAUUCAAGGUUUCAAUGCACUGCGAAGGUUGUGAGACUAAAGUUUCCAAAGCCCUCUCCAAAUUUAAAGGAGUGGAAGAGUUCACUAUAGACAGGGAGAAACACCAGGUUGUGGUGACAGGUCGGUUUGAUUUAGAAAAAUUACUAAAGAAACUCAAGAAAACGACAAAGAUGACAGUAGAGAUUGUGUCUGAAAAGGAUGAGGAGGAAUCAAGCGAUGAAUCAGAUGAUGAAUCGGAUGAUGAACUUCUUGUUAUGCAACAGUUUGAGCCUGAAUAUUAUCCUAAUUGCAUGAGGAAUGAAACCUUGAUGAUGUUCAGUGAUGAGAACCCAAAUGCAUGUGUCAUAAUGUAG